CCCCCACGAAUCGAAGUGUGGCCGCGAUUCGAACUUCCUCCCUUCGAAUUCCAGCCGUUCUCUCCUUCAAACCCUUCCCUGCGUUAUCGCCGGCUUCCGGCCGGCAGAUCUGGAAGUGUUACGGCGGCACGAUCCGCCUCCACACUCCCAUUAUGGAGGUCCCCGUAGGUGUCCCUCGCGUUCUGGUAUUGGCCUUCUGUGUGGCUGGCAUCUGGGCCUCCUAUAUAUACCAAGGCAUUCUUCAGGAGACCGUAUCUACUAAACGCUUUGGACCGGAUGGGAAGCGCUUCGAGCAUCUUGCGUUCCUGAAUCUGGCUCAAAAUGUGAUUUGUUAUAUCUGGUCUUUGAUGAUGAUUAAUCUUUUUUCGAGAAGAUCUUCCGGCGGUGCUCCAUUGUGGAGUUAUUGGAGCGCCAGUAUCACAAACACAAUUGGUCCGGCGAUGGGGAUUGAAGCUCUCAAGUACAUAAGUUACCCUGCUCAGGUCCUGGUGAAGUCAUCAAAGAUGAUUCCAGUUAUGCUGAUGGGUACCCUUGUAUAUGGCAUUAAGUACACUUUGCCAGAAUAUAUAUGCACUUCCCUCGUUGCUGGAGGCAUAUCCGCAUUUGCACUAUCCAAGACAAGCUCAAAAACUAUAAGCAAGCUCGCUCACCCGAAUGCGCCCUAUGGUUAUGGACUCUGCUUCUUAAACUUAGUUUUUGAUGGUUUUACGAACGCAACCCAAGAUUCUAUCAAAGAAAGAUACCCAAAGACUAGCGCGUGGGAGAUUAUGCUGGGAAUGAACCUUUGGGGGACAAUAUAUAAUGUCAUCUACAUGUUUGGGUGGCCGAAUGCUGCCGGUUAUGCUGCGGUGAGUUUCUGCAAAGAGCAUCCUGAGGUGGCAUGGGAUAUUCUCUUGUUUUGCCUUUGUGGAGCUGUGGGCCAAAACUUUAUUUUCCUGACAAUCAGCCGCUUUGGCUCUCUUGCCAACACUACCAUCACCACGACUCGCAAGUUUGUCAGCAUUGUUGUAUCCUCUCUGCUGAGCGGCAAUCCUCUAUCAGUAAAGCAAUGGGGUAGCGUUUUCAUGGUUUUUUCUGGUCUGUCCUACAGUAUCUUUCUCAAGUGGAGGAAGCUCCAAAAGAAGAAGAGAACUAAAUGAGCUAUUAUUAUUUGCUUUUCUUUUCCUUCUUUGAAUGAGCUAUUAUUAUUUGGCUUUUUUUUUUUUUUUUACAUCUUUGAUUGCUAGAUCUAAGAUGGGUUGUUCGUGAUACAAAUGUACUAUCUUCCGUCUGUAUACUGAGUGGUGACUCUAUCAGGGCUCAACCAUAGAAUGCUUAGACUAUGAAGAAAGUGUAUAAGAAUGCUAUAUACUGAUUUUCGGAGUAGUGUUACUGGGAGGCUAAUUUAACUGCCUUGGAGCUCGGUCAAACUUAUUCUGCUAA